UGGCUCAAACGAUCUCCCAGCACUCUCAAGGUCUUUGAAGCGAAUCGCGUUACACAAAUUCAAACCCUUUGCAGUAAAAUCGAAUGGCGACAUGUCAGAACCAAGGAUAACCCGGCAGAUUGCUUAUCUAGAGGUCAACUUCCUUCUGAAUUUCUAAAUAACAAAAUGUGGUUGAUAGGUCCUACGUGGCUAUCACAGGAUCCUCUCAAUUGGCCUAACUUAAAGCCGGCAGUUCUUUCUGAACUUCCUGGUGUUCAAAAAUUACUUGUUUACUAGCUUCCACUGACAAUUUAUUUAAACGGUUUUCAUCAUAUUCUAAACUUAUAAAUUCUUUUUCCUAUUGUUUGCGAAUGUUAAAAGAUAAUCCAUUCAAACACAAACCUUUAAACGUAGAAGAAAAAUUAUUAACUGAAAUUAAAAUCUUAACUCUGAUUCAAAACGAACAAUAUUAUGAUGAAAUCAAACAAAUUAAAGAAACCGGAGAGACUAAAAAUCUACGAUUACGAUGCCUUAAUCCAUUUAUUGAUUCAAACGGAUUAUUGAGAGUGGGAGGCCGUUUGAAACAUGCUCCUAUAUCCUUUUCGAAAAAACAUCCUAUUUUAUUACCUUCACGUCAUUAUGUUACUGAUCUAAUUAUUAGAGAAACUCAUGAAAGUUUGUAUCAUUCGGGUAUACAAAGUACACUUUCAAAUCUUAGACAUAAGUUUUGGCUGCUAGAUGGCAAAAAUCAAGUACGUAAAAUCAUUAGACAUUGCGUUAAAUGCAUUCGAUAUCAACCAAUUCUCUUACAAAGUAAAAUGGCCGAUUUGCCUAGUUCUAGAGUCUCGGAAUCUCCGCCAUUUUCUCACGUAGGAAUUGAUUAUUUUGGACCUCUCUUUAUCAAGGAACGUAAAUUUCGAAACAGAACUAAAGUCAAGGUCUAUGGAUGUGUUUUUGUUUGCAUGGCUACUAAGGCUGUACAUUUAGAAAUCGUAAGUGAUUUAACUACCGAGGGUUUCUUAGGAGCUUUCGGACGUUUUAUUGGUAGAAGAGGGGUUCCAUCUCAUGUAUAUUCUGAUAAUGGUACCAAUUUUGUGGGUGCAAAUAAUCAAUUAAUAGAACUUUACCAACUAUUCAACUCUAAGUCCCAUCAGGACAUUGUUAACAACUAUGCAAUAAAGAGAAACAUUGUCUGGAAAUUCAAUCCACCUUUAUCUCCUCAUUUCGGGGGUAUCUGGGAGGCGGCAGUCAAGUCAUUUAAACAUCAUUUUAAACGAGUAGUGAAAGAACAACUUUUAACAUUUGAAGAAUUAAAUUCUCUGGCUAUACAAAUUGAAUCUAUAUUAAAUUCUCGUCCUCUAUGUUCAUUGUCAAGUGAUCCUAAUGAUCCUAUUGCUUUAACUCCUGCACACAUUUUAAUAGGUCGUCCUCUCACUAUGCUACCUGAAAAUGAUUUUUCUGACGUUCCAGAUAAUAGACUAAGCUCAUGGCAAUUCACUGUCAAGGCGCGACAAGAUUUCUGGAAACGCUGGUAUUUGGAAUACCUUCAUGAGUUGCAGACCAGGCAAAAAUGGGACUCCAAUCGAGGGGAUAUUAAGGUCAAUCAAAUUGUCUUACUGAUGGACAAAAACCAACCCUGUAUGCGGUGGCAGCUGGGAGUAGUGAUCGAGACUCAUCCAGGAGAGGAUAACAUAACACGAGUGGCUUCAAUUCGAACAGCUCAAGGCAUAUAUAAACGGAAUAUUACUCUGUUAUGUCCAUUACCAAUCAAUUCUUAAAAUCUGUAAAUUCAAAAUAUUGUAAUCAUGUAAUAUCACUGAUUGUAAACACUAUUCAUAAUAUCUUGCUCAACCUUCGCAACGGGGGGAGUAUGUUUAACC